AUGGCUCUCACCUCUGCACUUCUACUAAGUCCCAACACAUUCAUGGAUCCCCUCGAGUUCAAUCCGUGGCGUUGGAAGGACCUUGACUCCCUUGUUGUAUCGAAGAACUUCAUGCCGUUUGGUCGAGGAUCGAGACAAUGCGCAGGGGUAGAGUAUAGUAGGCUGUUCUUGGCCACCGUUCUCCAUGUCUUGGUCACCAAAUAUAGGUACGCACACCAUUCCCCUGUUAUUUUCAUCUCAUUUACAAGUUACAAAUCAACUGUGUGCCUACAAGCUGGAAAACGAUCAAAGCGCGCGGGACGCAUUGCUCGGAAGAAUAUGUUAGGAUUUGGGGCAAGCAUUCACAUUAAGCUCUCGGAGAAGAAAAACUGA